CCCAGCUGCGCAAUAGGCAGCCGUGCGCCCAAAGCGAAACCGGUUGGGCAGCGAAGUCUCCGCCUUUGCUUCCGAGCCGUCGGAUGCGUUGCGAAAGCGGUGCAGCCGAGCAACCCUAGCUUGGCCAGCCCAAGCAAGACCCAACCCAACCCGAGCUGGCCAUGGCUGGAGAGGCUACCAGAUGCAUCGGGGGAGAAGCGGAGACGUCGGAAAGCGCCUCGGUGCCGCUGGUGGCGCUGAAUUACUCGGUGCGGCGCCGGCUGUCUCUCUUCCUUAACCCGCGCGCCCCGGUGGCGGCCGACUGGGCGACGCUGGCGGAGGAGCUGGGCUAUGAAUACCUGGAGAUCAAGCACUUCGAAGCCCAGCGGGACCCCACCGGCGUCCUGCUGGACGACUGGCAGGCGCAGAGCCCCGGCGGGGCAACGGUGGGGCGCCUCCUGGAUCUUCUGCGCCUCCUGGGGCGCCAAGACAUCCUCACCGACCUGGGACCCAGCAUUGAUGAGAACUGUAAAAAGUAUCUCCAGAAGAAGCAACAGGAAGAAUCGGAGCGACCGGUUCAAGUCCCAGCAGUGGACAGUAGCUUUCCAAGGACAUCCGAAAUGCAGGGCAUCACCACUCGGGAUGACCCCCUUGGUCAGAGCCCUGAGCUCUUUGAUGCCUUCAUCUGUUACUGCCAGAAUGACCUUCCAUUCGUGCAGGAGAUGAUCCAGGAACUGGAGCAGGCGGAACAUAAGUUGAAACUCUGCGUCUUUGAUCGGGAUGUCCUGCCAGGCACUUGCGUGUGGUCCAUCACCAGUGAGCUGAUAGAGAGGAGGUGUCGGAAAAUGGUGGUGGUCAUCUCGGAUGACUAUCUUGACAGUGAGGAGUGUGACUUCCAGACCAAGUUUGCUCUGAGUCUUUCCCCAGGGGCCCGUCUCAAGCGCCUGAUUCCAGUUAAAUGCAAAAGCAUGAAUAAGGAUUUCCCGAGCAUCUUAAGGUUCAUUACCGUCUGUGACUACACGAACCCAGCCACCAAGAAAUGGUUCUGGACCCGGCUGGCCAGAUCUCUGUUGCUCCCAUGAUGCUACUGUGAAAGAACCAAAGGACCAAGAAAAACUUCGCACGAACACUUUUAAACCCAGCGGGAUGAGAAGCACCAAAUACUUUCUCCUACGAGCACGUUGCCUAUGGGUUCUUGUGAAGGAAGGACCACAAAAACCAUCGUCCUGUGUUACAGAACCGGCACAGGACCUGUUCUAGUUUCUUGUUUCCGAAAAGGGUAAUCAAAACACACACACACACACACACACACACACACACGUGCCUUAAAGGCUCCUCAUCUACCAGAAUUUCUGUACAUAUUUGCCAGCCUCUACCAGGUGCCUUGCACGUGUGACCUCACAUUUCACCUAAUGCCAUAAAUCAUGGUUUACUUUAACCUUGAUUUCUCGACCAAGUGGGAUCGUUCACACAUAAUACCAAGCCAUGAAGCCCUGUUGAUGCUUCCAACUCUGUAUACUUUGGUCUUGUGUAGGUAAAUCAAGGUUUAUGGCUUAGAGUUAUUGUAUGUGCAAACGUAGCCUGUAUAAAUGUUACAAGCAGCCAGUUCUCCCUGUCCCAUUUUCAAAACAGGGGGACAAAAUGGCCAUAAUUUAAAUAGGCGUGUUGAAUCCCAUAUACGUUGACUCUCGGCUGUGCCUGGAACCAAUGGGUUUCCACAAAACAAGGGUUGCGAAUAUGACAUCAUAUCACAAAUGAUGCAAACAAUGAGUUUGGAUAAUGAUGAAGAGCUGUGGUGGCACAGUGGUUAGAAUUCAGUACUGCAGGCUAAUUCUGCUGGAUGCCAGCUGCCAGCAGUUCGAUUCUCAGCAGCUCAAGGUUGACUCAACCUUCCACUCUUCCAAAUGAGGACCCACAUUGUUUGGGGGCAAGAUGCUGACUCUGCAAACCACUUAGAGAGAACACUGUGAAGCGGUAUAUAAGUCUUACGUGCUAUUCCUAUAAUGAUGACAUGACAGGUAUAGUGUCGCUGUGGCUUCUACAAACACCAGUGGCAAUAGUUGUGCUCCUGCUGAAAUCAUGCUUAAUUGUUGGAUCCCUUUAAUUUCAAGGGUAAUUGAGCUUCGUCAAAUUUGGAUCCAGCCCAUAUUUGGAGCAGGAGAAAAAAAAAUAUUUUUUUCCCCAUUCAUCUCCAUCCUCAAACACAUUAAAAACUCAUGAAUCUGUCUAGGAUUGCUACAGAUACGUGUGGACUACAGGUAGUCUUCAACUUAUGACCACAAUUGAUCCCAAAAUUUCUGUUGCUAAGCAAAAGAGUUGUUAAGUGAGUUAUGCCCCAUUUUACAACCUUUUUUGCAACAGUUGUUAAGUGAAUCACUGGAGUUGUUAAGUUAGUAACACAGCGGUUAAGUGAAUCUGGCUUCCCUAUUGACUUUGCUUGUCGGAAGGCCACCAAUGGGGAUUACAUGACCCCAGGACACUGCAGCCAUCAUAAAUAUGAACCAGUUGCCAAGCAUCUGAAUUUUGAUCAUGCAACCAAGGGGAUGUUGCAAUGAGUCAUAAAUGUGAAAAAUGAUCGGGUCACUUUUUUCAGUGCUGUUAUAACUUUGAACGGUCGCUAAACGAACGGUUAUAAGUCGAGGACUACCUGAACCCAUCUACACAUACUAGGCUGUAAAUAAUACAGAAGCCCUGCAAUCUUUGGGUGGAGGUGGCAAUUGCAUUAGAAAGUUGAACGUAAAACAUUAAUUUUAGUGUGUUUGGCCACUCUCGCCAUAUGUCUGGAGGUGUGCGUGUGCUAUUUCCCAAGUGUCUUUAUGACGCAGCCAUUUAACGGGACAUUAAUCAAUAAUAAGAGGCUUGCCUAUUAUGUACAUUUAAAUUUUCAAUUUUUAUCUGUCUCUCCAGGGGUGUGUGUGCAGGAUGGUCAAAAUAGUCAAGAUGUGUGACGAUGUAGUCGAAGCUCCACCCAUUUUUUACGCGCACUUAGCAUGUCAGCCAUUUUGACUUUUUUUUCGACCAACUCUUGCAAACAACUCUCUAUCUAUCUCAGGACCCUUAGGUGUCACGCCAAGCUUCAGCCUUAGGAUAUAUGACAUUUAGAAAUAACUAUUUUGUGUGUAUUUCGGGGCGGUAUUUAAUAGUUUUACUUCAUGGAUUAACGGCGCUUUUGUAUGAUUAUAGUCAAUUCAGAUUAUUCAUUUCUGAGCUGGCGUGAUCCAUUUCUCCUGUUCGCUUUCGUAGGCUGGUUUCCGGCUCAGAUAUUUUAACUGUUUGCCCUCCUCCUCUCCCUUUUAGAUUAUUUUUUUCAUAGCACUGGCUGAUGUCUUUUAAUUCUGGGCUGCACUUAAUUCUAUAGUAGAAGUGGGGCACCAUGGUCCCCCUUGUGGGCUUCAGCUCCCAGAAUUCCUGAGCCAGCAUGGUUGGUUUAGGAAUUCUGGGACUUGGAGUCCACAAGUCAUAAAAGGGCCAUCAUUCCCCACCCCUGUUCUAGAGAAUCAAAGCCCCUUUUUUUAUAUAGUGUCUACAAAAUAUUGAAGGGUUAUUCGCCCUCACUUCAGUUUGAUUUGUAGUUGUUUAAAGAAAUCGACUUCUCAAUUGUUUUGUAUUGGGGUGGGUUUUUGUUUUUUUUUUCGUUUUUGCCAGAGAGAAAGGGGAAGUGGAGAUUUAAUCUGAUUCGAAUUAAGGCAGAUGUAAUCAUGCUGUCCGCACUUCCUGAAUCGCAGUAAGAUUCAAAACAGAGAAAACUGUACUUUGAAAUUAGCACUUUCUGAAAGAAACUGAGCAAAAAACGUCUAUAUUGCUGGAAAUAACAAAAAAAAAGACAUUAACAAAAGAUUAUUUAUCUUACAGUCACUUAAAGUGUAUACAAUUUUUAAUGUUGAUUUUAAACAGGGAUGCUGCAAAUGGGAAUUUAAAAUGAAUAUAAAACUGGGUAAAUGAGAAAAUGAUUAUUGGGGGUGGUGGUAUUCUUCCCUUUACAGAUAAAUUCAAGGAUGGUCAUUAUCAAUGUGUCAAUGCAGGGUAAUUAUUAACCCAAUAAAUUACUGAGAAUCUGGAUUUAUUUAUGUUUGGAUUAGCAUGUGUUGGAAACAUUUUUUUGUAUUUUACUGUACCUUGAUGAACGUAUCUUUUCUUUUAUGUACACUGAGAGCAUAUGCACCAAGACAAAUUCCUUGUGUGUCCAAUCACACUUGGCCAAUAAAAUUCUAUUCUAUUCUA